UAAUGGCGUAAAAUAUUGACAUAACACAAAGCAGUCGCUCAAGAAAAAUAUUAAUUUUGUUAAAAAUUCUAACAAUUUAUUGCAAAUAAUAUAAAUAAAUAUUUUAUUAAAUUGUUUCCGUGUAUUUCUGUUGCAAUAUAAAGUUAAUAAACCAUCGGAAACAAUCGAAAAAAGUGCCCCAAAAUAACACCUUUUUUGUUUUAACUUUUGAUUUUUGUAUAUAGGUAUUUUUUUAUUUGUGAAAAAUAUGUUUGUUAAAUAUUUUUCUUUUUUCUCCAACUUUUAUUUCGCAAUGUAUUCAGUGAAAAUUGAUUAAAAAGGAACAACAAAAUAAAUUUGUUAAAUUUUUUUUUCAUUUGUUUUAAAGUUUGCAACAAACAAAGAAAAAAAAACCACCAACUAUAAAGUGUGAAGAGAAAAAUACAAUACAAAAAAAAAAACUUGCUUGAAUCAUCGCCGCCCUAAUUUCAAGGACAUUCCAUUGAACUCCGUAUCAACCAGAAUGAUGCCUGUUUAGAAGGAAGUUGCUAUUUUGUUUCUUUUCCUACAAUUACAAUGACUUCAAGCUUCACAAACUGAAAUCACCCGUUGGGGUGUUGUAUCAUUUUUUAAUUGUUGCUCGUUGCCUACAAUUUAGCAACAAUCACAAAUCCGCAAAUUAUAUAUCUAAACCAGAACGGUUAUAAAUACUUGCCCAUAAAUUGAGUUCAGAGUGGGGCCAAGGUGUAAGCUCAGCAUCUUUUUACGGAAAAAUCAAACAAGUAAUGCAUAGCAAUGGAUGAUAAGCGAAUUGCUGAUUAUUUCGUUGUGGCUGGUAUGCCAGAAAAUCCACAAUUACUUCAAGAGAGUAUAUUCAAUGAUUCGGGUCACUUGAGAGCAUGCAACAGCAUUGAUCCAAUAACAGAUAUUGGAGUAUUUUUUCCUUUGCUUGGUGAAGAAGUUCCGGAAGGCUAUGAAAUACUUGAAAAAACACCAACCGGAUUACCUGCAAACCUUAAUUACGGUUCCGUUCGCACAACAGAAUGUUUUAUUUAUUUUCGCCGUGGAAAAGAUCGACCCCCACUUGUUGAUAUUGGUGUUCUCUUUGAAGGACACGAGAGAAUUAUGCCAGAUGCUGAAAUUGUAACUGAAACACCAGGCGGAAGGGUAGCGAAUGUUAAUAAUUCAUCAGCUAAAACAUUUUUAACAUUCCGUCGUGCAAGGAAAGACAUGCCGUGCAAUGAACUUGUUGUGACUGAUUUGUGUCUUAUUGUCUGGUCAAAAGGAGAACGACCACCACAUGCUUUUUGUUUGAUACAUAAAACCCUCAACAAAGCAUACAUGAGCAGUGACGUAUAUCUUUGUUACAAAAAAUCAAUGAACCGUCCAAAGUUAGUCAGUUAUCAACCGGAAAUCCUUUUGCGUUAUCCAACGGUCGAUCAUAAUGAUUUUCCACUUAACUUAUGUCCGAGUGUGCCUCUAUUUUGUUUACCCAUGGGAGCUUCUCUUGAAGCUUGGCCACAUGUAGAUGAGUCGACAAAGCGUGAAGCUACCAUUCCAGUAUUUAGUACGUUUGUUUUAACAGUUAACGACGGAACUUACAAGGUUUAUGGAUCAGCUUUAACAUUUUAUGAAGACUUUGACGAAAACAAUUUGACGGAAAAGCAAAAAGAACAAUUGGGAUAUGAUGAUGAAGGAUUCAAAAAUCAUCAUUCUCUUCACAUAAUCAAAGCAAUUUGUUUGCUUUCACAUCAUCCUUUUGGUGAUACAUUCGAUAAAUGGUUAAAAUAUUUACAUAGUAUGGCAUCAGCUGGAAAUCCAUUACCCAUACCAAUUGAAAGAUAUAUUACUCAAUUAAUCGACGAAGUUCCUUUUCCAUCUCCGAGUAUUCAUUUACAGCUAUCGGGUGAAAGUCAUGAACGUAUAUUACUUACUCAGCCAGAAGAUUCUCCUCUGCCAAGAAGUGGAGCUGGUUUCCAGUUGCUGUUGUCAAAUUUGGGAACAGAAAACUGCCUUCAUGUUCUACUAUUGGCUUUGACAGAACAGAAAAUACUUAUUCACUCAUUGAGGCCCGCUACAUUAACUGCUGUUGCUGAGGCUGUUGUAUCAUUGCUGUUUCCAUUUAAAUGGCAAUGCCCAUACAUUCCAUUGUGUCCACUAGGUCUAGCAGAAGUCCUUCAUGCACCACUCCCUUACUUAAUUGGUGUGGACUCAAGAUUUUUCGAUCUAUAUGAACCCCCAACAGACGUAACUUGUAUCGAUCUAGAUACUAAUACAAUAAGUCUUUGUGAAUCGCAGAAGCAUUUAACACCGAAACUUCUACCAAAGCGAGCAGCUCGAAUUUUAAAACAAACUCUUAAUUAUUUAGAAAAUUUGAAGCUUAUUUGUGCUCCAGAAUCGACAAAUAGCCUGGAUAGAGACUUUAAACGAAAGAAACGUGAACAAAAUCUCGAACAACGAAUUCAAGAGGCCUUUUUGCUCUUUAUGACAUCCAUUCUACGCGGGUACAGAGAUUAUUUAGUACCAAUUUCCAAAGCACCCUCGGUUGGAGCGACUGAUCCCAAUGCUUUAUUCCAACUCAAUGCAUUUCUGCGUUCUAGAGAUAAGUCUCACCACAAGUUUUUUCAGUUACUUAUGAAAACUCAAAUGUUCAUUCGAUUCAUUGAAGAGAGAUCAUUUGUAUCAGACGGAGAUCAUGGUUUAACGUUUUUUGAUGAAUGUGCGGAGAAAGUGAGUUCCUACGAUGAAACUCCGUCCGAUGUGAGAUUAGUCGAUUGGGAGACUGGUCAUAGCAGUGAAAGAACAAAAUAUAUUUUCCCACCAGAUAGCAUUGCAACAACAGGAAAUGAAAACACAACAGGUUACAUCUACGAAAACUUCACUUUGGAUCCAAGCCUUUUGAGGCAUGUUAAGAAAACUCCCUUAAAAAAUUUCAUUCAGCACCAACAUCUGAGCACUGCACCUGGUUCACCUAUUGCUCGUCGCACAAAGCAUGAAAUUAAGCUAGCCCAAAAGCUGGCACGUCGCUGCCAGAUGCAACCCGAAGCUUGGGCAAAAUACAUGCUAGCUACGUGCUAUUCAUUAUACUUUUUAAUAUUGCCUAGUAUGAUGCUAGACGCACAUGGUAAGGAACACGCUGUUUUGCGUGCUGCUUACGAUUUGCUGGUACGUGCAAGCAAACUCAAAAUAACUUGUGACGAGUUUUGCUAUAGAAUUAUGAUGCAAUUGUGCGGCAUUCAUAAUUUUCCGGUUUUGGCUGUUCGGUUGCAUUACCUGAUGAAACGAUCCGGCGUUCAGCCCAAUGCACUGACAUACGGUUUUUAUAACCGUUGUGUUCUUGAAUCAGAAUGGCCAUCUGACAGCACAACCCUGAGUCAGCUCAGGUGGAAUCGCAUUAAAAAUGUUGUUCUGGGAGCAGCCCAUUUCCGACGUGCUGGUAAGAAACGAGCAACAUCAAAACCCUUCGCUGGAUCAUGCGAAAACAAUUUGGGGACGCUAGAGACUGUUGAUGGAACAUCACGAACAAGUUUAGAAUCGACCAAUUCCUCACAAGUUGAACCUCAAACAGUUGCAAGCAGCAAUAUAGUUGAUUUUGCUGCUUUUGAUAAGUUGCGUGGUAAAUUGGGAAGCAUUGUGAAACAAUCGGGACCACAAGAAUCUUCUGAUGUCAUUAGCAGCGCCGGUUUGUUGAUAUCAGGCGAUGCUAAAAACGACAGCCCACAACCGGCCUCAAAACUGCCACCGUCCAGUCCGAAUUGUGAUCUAACCAAACGAAAAUUGAUUAGAGCCGAGAGUUUUGGGGGUGAUACAAAGAUUCUGGAUAAAUUGCAAAGACAGCAAUCCAUGUCGGGAAAAGAAGUGAACACAAUGCAACAGCGCUUCAAAAUAAUGAAUAUGGAAGAUGAAGACUCUACAGAGCGAUUGAAUGAAAUCGCUAGUUCGCAAGAAGAAUUAGAAUAUGAAGGAAAUGAUCCGAAUCAGUGCGUUAGUAGCCCUACAAAAUUAUCACCACGAACUCCGGUUACUCAAAAUGAUCCAUUGGGUGCCCUUAACGAGGACGCUGACGAAGUCCUUAAAAUACCGAAUAACAAUAAUACUUCACAUGAAGAUAAUAAACCUCUUUUAAGCAACAACACCAUGUACACCGACCAGCCAAUUCUUUUCAAAGGUCAACGCAGUGCAACUUUCGACGAAUCGACUCAUCUAAAUAAAAGUAUGCAUCGUUCGGAGACAAUGCCUGGAUCAAGCGUUACCACAAGUUUGGCAAAUUUUGGAUCCUCUUUGAAAUUCAAUUUUGGUCCAAGCUUAACUGGUAAAAAGUCAAACGAAAUAAUACAGGGUAGUUUGAGCAGCAUUAAGUAUGCCGCCAAUUCGGUAGCACGAAAAUUCGAUGAGAUUAAGGAAGCAAUUUCAGCAAAUUCAACUCCAGUCAAGACUGCAGGUGGUAUGAAUGAUAGUAUGAUUGAUGAUGAUCCAGACGAUCCAUCUUCGCGAACUAGACGUAUAUCGGGAGACCUCGAUCCAUGGGGACGUCUAAGUGAAUCUAGAAAAUCUAGUUACAAUAAUUUGGUACCGCUGGGAGAAAACACAUCGUCAUUUAGUUUGAAUGCUUUUCCCAGCCUGCCCGACAAUCUAUACAGUGCUGUUGCUGAUGUUGUUGACAGUCCUGAGUGCGAUAUUUUAAUUCAACUUACUUCUUGCUCACAAUGCCACAACUGCUCGGUUUUGUUAUAUGAUGAAGAAAUAAUGUCUGGAUGGACAGCUGAGGAUUCAAAUUUAAAUACAGCUUGCCAUGCAUGCAAUAAACUGACUGUGCCAUUCCUAAGUGUUCAAAUAAUUGUUGGUGAUUCACUCAAGGAUGUCAAGCAAUCCGAUAGUCUUAGUAUACCUUAUUUGAAUCCGCUGGUAUUGCGCAAAGAAUUGGAAAAUAUUUUAACUCAAGAAGGUGAUUCGGCGCUGUUGAAUUCGAAAUUUGUCGAAGAACAUCCAAUUAUCUAUUGGAAUUUAAUUUGGAUUAUGGAACGAAUCGAAAGUCAUACAAAUUUGCCUGAAUUGUGUCUUCCUAAGCAGGCCGAUGUAGACAUUGAUCCAUUAAGUAAAGUAAAAACUGUUAAAAUUCAAUGUAUGUGGGAUAAUUUACGUUUACAUGCUGAAGCGGGACCACCGAUGUACAUUUUAUGGAAACAAAAUCAACCAGCCAGUCCACUUCUUAAGGCCUUGCUAACGGAUCAGACUUAUCUGAAUAAAACAGCAAUUCAACAAAUUAUAACCGCGAUCCGGUGUAAUGAUCUUCUUGCGCCGGUGAAGCGUUUAGCUAACGAACGACACAAGCUCAAAAACAGCGGCGUCGAUCGAACACACUCAAUAUACAGGGAUAUUCUCUUUUUGGCUCUUACAGCUAUAGGUCGCUCCAACGUUGAUCUGGCCACAUUCCAUCGCGAAUAUGCUGCGAUCUUUGAUAAGCUAACUGAGAAAGAGUGCAAUAUGUACUACCGCAAUCAAGAUCUGCCACCAUCGACUGCGACGAUUUACUGUAGGGCUUAUUUUAAACCGUUGCUACUUCCUUGACGCGAGAUCGCCUUUAGUCGAUCCGAGUUCAAUGACAUACGAAGAUAGCCUCGGUAAAAAAAGAUGAACUGAGCGACAUUUAUAUUACGUGCACGAGUAAAAUAAAUACUUUUUACUCUCCAUAUGUGUUGCACUUUAUUGUUAUAAAAUUUUUUUUUUUAUUUUACUUUAUACGGUAAAUACAAAACGUACUUAAUUUUGA